AUGGCGGGCAUCUACCUCCCCAACCGAGCCGCUGGUGGCCAAAACGGCACCGGCCUCCGCCUCGGCGAGCUCGGAACCAAGGGCCCGAAGCUCCCCACGGACACCCUGCUCGCGACGACCCAGAAACUCGGCGUCACGGGCAAGCGCGACCCCCCGGGCCCGCCCCCCGGCGCCUCCCGCCUCCUGCUCAAGCGCCGCGCGCCGUCCCCGGAGUCCCGCGGCUCCGACAGCGGCGAGGAAAAUGGAGACAAGGCCCCCCUCACCACGCGCGCCCACCAGGGCGCGCACGCCGCCCACGAGGACGAGGAUGCGGUGCCUGAAUGGUACCCUUACCUGCUGGCCAUGCGGGAGAACCGCUUUCGCCAGGAAUUCGUGUACCUCACUCUGCGGGACCCUGACGCGGUCCUGUACCGCCCGUACGAUCUGUCCGUGGUCCAGCACAGCCAGAUCGACCCGCAGAGCUUCUACACGCUCAGCGCGCACGGCGUCACGCACAUGCUCGACGGCGAGGCCGAGUUCCAGACGCUGGACCAGUUUGAGCGGCAGUUCCACCUGUACCGGCGCGUCUCCCGGCUGCGCAUCUUCCGGCUCUACAAGCUCUGGAAGGCGUUCGCGAUGUGGCUGUCGUACAUCCGCCGCAAGAAGACCCGCCUGGCCAUCCACCGCCUCGAGAGCAGCCUGUUCACCCUGAGCCCGCUGCACCAAAAGGCGCUCUUCGACAUCCGCGACCGCUGCGCGAAGCUCCAGGAGCUCCCGCUGCACGCCUUCCGCUUCGAGGAGGCCCGCAGGCUCGAAGACUUCCGCGCGGCGCAGAAGAAACACGCCAAGUACUGCGUCGAGCAGCUGAAGGACUUCAGCCAGUUCGUGGCCGACACCGUCAUCCAGACGUGCCAGGCCGACAUGGACGCCCUCGAGGACCGCCUCCUCGGGCGCAACCGUGAGGUGGCCAUGAUCGCCCAGACCGCCGAGCAGGAGCAGAACACCGUGUCCUCCUACGCCGUGACCGCCGCCAAGCGCUCGGAGCAGCGCCGCCUCGCGGCGUUCAUCCGCCUGGUGGACUUCAUGGUGCAGGAGACGCUGCGCAACAUGCUGCACGACUCCGUGGCGGAGGUGGCCGACAUGCUCGAGGCGCGGCACGACCCGGAGUCGGCGUACGACGUCACGUGGGCCGUCUCCAAGAUCGCCAACGUCAAUCUGGUGUCGACGCACGAGAAGCCGCGGCCGUCGAACGCGUCGUCGUUCCGCCCGGGGUCGGGCCCGGACGCGCCGCCGCUCUCCGCGGUCAACCCCGCCGCGCUCCCGGCGCUCAAGGAGGAGGAGGAGCGCCGCGCGGAGGCCAGCCGCGAGGCCAAGCGCGUCGGCAUGCCGCCGCGCGCCUCGGCGACGCCGCCCACGCUCGCGCCGGAGGCCCCCGCGGGGGAGAGGGAGCCCCCGCGGGAGAAGCACGUACCGCUGUUCCACGUGUCGAUCGUGCUCGAGGACGGCCUGGAGGACCCGGAUGACGGCAAGCCGCAGGGCACGAUCCUGCGCCUCGAGCCGGCGCCCGCGGACGUGAGCGAGGAGGUCGACGCCACCCUGGACGGCUACCUGCAGGCCGUGGGCGUCGUGCGGCGCCUCACGGCGAACGAGGAGCUGCAGGCGCUCGUCAGCGAGGCCAACGAGCCGACGCAGACGCACGGCCACGAGACCUUCAUGGACGCCGUGAACGACGAGGUCCACCAGACGAAGGUCUCGACCGUGCGCUCGCUCGUCCACCAGGAGUUCGAGCUCGCGGAGCACUACCGCGCCACGUUCGAGCCCAUGAAGGCCAUCCUGACGCGGUACGCCGCCACCUCGCGCGAGACGCUCCAGGCCGAGGCGGAGCGCGGCGAGCGCGGCCUCGAGCGCUUCGAGGACGACAUGCAGGAGUACAGCGAGCGCAUGGAGCAAAUCGAGCUGCUCCCGCUGGACCAGAACCUGGGCAUGCUGCUGGUGGACAUUCGCCCGAUGGUCGCGCGGAUGCUGCCCGGGCCGCAGCGGUGCAUCGACGAGAUCAAGGCGGUGCUGCCGGUGCUGGCGGCGGCGCGGUACCGCGAGUUCAUCGAGGACGUGCACGCCGUCACCAACUCGCUGGGGCGCGGGCCGCAGGACGUCGAGGGCCUGGUGUCGUUCCUGGAGGUGCUCGAGGCCACGCUGAAGCGCCGCGAGACGUUCGACGACCGGUUCCACGAGGUGAACAGCCACUACCGGCUGAUCGCCAAGUUCAAGAUCGCCGUCCCGCCGAUGGAGAUGGCGGCCUUCCAGACGAUGGCGAGCGACUUCGACCGGUUCCGCGAGACCGUCGACGCGAGCGAGGGCGCCAAGGACGGCUACAUCAUGCAGUUCCAGGGCGACGUGCAGAACGCGGAGCAGGAGAUGGUUGCGGAGGCGGCGGAGGUCCGCAUGACGGCGCAGGACGAGCUCAUUCUGGAUCCCGCGACGGACCCCGAGCGCGCGCUGCGCGUGACGCAGAACCUGACCACGCGCAUCGAGGAGAUGCUGGCGCAGCGGGACAAGAUUGCGCGGUACAGGGAGCUGUUCAAGCUGCCGAGCGUGGAGCUGGUGGACGUGACGGAGUGCGCGCAGGAGGUGCAGCUGAAGCACCUGCUGUGGCAGAGCAUCCAGGAGUGGCGCGCGCUGACGUCGUCGUGGGAGAGCACGCGGUUCGCGGAGCUCGAGCCCGACGCGCUCGAGGAGAAGGUUCAGUCGUACAACCGCACCGCCGCCAAGGUCGAGCGGAACCUCCCGCCGAACCGCGUCGUCUCGACGUUCAAGGACGCGGUGGUCGACUACAAGGACCUGGUGCCCGUCGUGGCCAACCUGCGGAACGAGCACCUGAAGGACCGGCACUUCCAAAAGGUGGAGGAGGCGCUCGGGCACAUGCUCGACCGCGAGGAGAUGACGCUGGGCGACCUGCUCAAGCUGGGCGUGCGCGAGCACCACCAGCGCAUCGUCGCGAUCUCGACCGAGGCCACGCAGGAGCACGCGCUCGAGAUGAUGCUCAAGAAGGUGCAGGACAAGUGGGCGGAGAUCGAGUUCGUGGUGACGCCGUACAAGGACUCGAAGGACAUGUUCGUGCUCGGCGGCGUCGAGGACGUGAUGGCGGCGCUGGAGGACUCGAUGAUGACCAUGAUGACCAUCAACGCGUCGCGGUACGUCACGGGGAUCCGCGCGGAGGUCGAGCGGUUCGAGACGUCGCUGAAGCUGUUCUCGGAGACGCUGGACGAGUGGCUCGAGUGCCAGAAGACGUGGAUGUACCUGGAGACGAUCUUCAGCGCGCCGGACAUCCAGCGGCAGCUCGUGCAGGAGUCGAAGAUGUUCUUCAACGUCGACCGGCAGUACAAGGAGGCCAUGCGCCGCACGCACGAGCGCCCCUCCGCGCUGCAGGCCGGCACGGUCCCGGGGCUCCUCGAGACGCUGCAGAAGUGCAACGAGACCCUGGAGGAGGUCCAGAAGCGCCUCGAGGACUACCUGGAGACCAAGCGCAUCGCCUUCCCGCGGUUCUACUUCCUCUCGAACGACGAGCUCCUCGAGAUCCUCUCCGAGACCAAGAACCCGCAGGCAGUGCAGCCGCACCUGCAAAAGUGCUUCGACGGCAUCAAGAGCCUGCAGUUCGGCACGGGGCAGGGCGCGGCGGACAUCCUGGCGAUGGUGUCGUCCGAGGGCGAGGUCGUCGAGCUGCCGCCGAACCUGAAGGCGCGCGGCAACAUCGAGUCGUGGCUGACAGCGGUGGAGCAGGGCAUGGUCACGACGCUCAAGCGGCUCGGCAAGCAGGCGUGGCAGACGUACCCGGAGACGCCGCGGCGGGAGUGGAUCCUGCAGCAGCCCGCGCAGCUCGUGUUGUCGGUCAGCAACAUCUACUGGUGCGGCGAGGUGGAGCGCGCGUUCGAGUCGGUGGACCCGCUGGGGUCGCUGGCGCUGUUCCUGGAGCGCAACGUGAUGCAGCUGACGGAGCUCUCGGAGAUGGUCCGCGGCGACCUGUCGAAGCUGCACCGCAAGAUCCUGGUGACGCUCAUCACCAUCGACGUGCACAACCGCGACAUCGUGGACAGCCUGAAGCAGGAGCAGUGCACGCGCGCCACGGACUUCACGUGGCAGAUGCAGCUGCGGUACUACUACGACUCGGACGCGGACAACCUCACCAUCCGCCAGGUCACGGCCGGGUUCACCUACGGCUACGAGUACCUCGGCGCGCAGCCGCGGCUGGUCGUGACGCCCAUGACGGACCGGUGCUACAUGACGCUGACGGGCGCGCUGCACCUCAAGCUCGGCGGCGCGCCCGCGGGCCCCGCGGGAACCGGCAAGACGGAGACGACGAAGGACCUCGGGAAGGCCCUGGGCGUGCAGUGCGUGGUGUUCAACUGCGGCGACAACCUGGACUACAAGUUCAUGGAGAAGUUCUUCUCCGGCCUCGCGCAGUGCGGCGCGUGGGCGUGCUUCGACGAGUUCAACCGCAUCGACAUCGAGGUCCUGUCCGUCGUGGCGCAGCAGCUCCUCACCAUCCAGAACGCGCUCAAGGCCGACGUCGAGCGCUUCCUCUUCGCCGGCCGCGAGAUGCGCCUCAUCCCCACGUGCGGGGUCUUCAUCACCAUGAACCCCGGGUACGCCGGGCGCACCGAGCUGCCCGACAACCUCAAGGCGCUGUUCCGCCCCAUGGCGAUGAUGAUCCCGGACUACGGGCUCGUCGCGGAGGUCAUGCUCUUCGCGGAGGGCUUCGCGGACGCCCGCUCGCUCUCCCGCAAGAUGGUCAAGCUCUACAAGCUCUCCUCGGAGCAGCUCUCGAAGCAGGACCACUACGACUUCGGGAUGCGCGCGCUGAAGUCGGUGCUCGUGCUCGCCGGCGCGCUCAAGCGCGCCUCGCCGGACCUGAACGAGGACAUCGUGCUCAUUCGGGCCAUGCGCGACUCCAACAUCCCCAAGUUCCUGUCGGCCGACGCGCGCCUGUUCGGCGCCAUCAUCCAGGACCUCUUCCCGGGCGUGGACAUCCCCGAGCAGGACUUCGGCGCCCUGCAGCGCGCGCUCGAGGACGUGACCGUCAAGGCGGGCCUCCAGGCCGUCCCGGCGUUCAUCACGAAGUGCAUCCAGCUGCACAUCACGUUCAACGUGCGCUUUGGCGUGAUGCUCGUCGGGCCGACGGGCGGCGGGAAGUCGGAGAUCUACGCGAUGCUCAAGGCGGCCAUGACGAAGCUGCGCCAGGACCGCAACCCGGACCCGGAGUUCCAGAAGGUCCACACGUUCACGUUCAACCCCAAGGCCAUAUCUAUGGGCGAACUGUACGGCGAGGUGUCGGUGCUGACGGGGGAGUGGACCGAGGGCCUCGGGUCGACGCUCAUCCGCAACGCCCGCAACGACGACUCCGAGGACCGCAAGUGGGUCGUCUUCGACGGCCCCGUCGACGCCAUCUGGAUCGAGAACAUGAACACGGUGCUGGACGACAACUGCACGCUCUGCCUGCCGAACGGCGAGCGCAUCAAGCUCAACCCGACGACGAUGCGCAUGCUGUUCGAGGUCCAGGACCUCGCGGUGGCGUCCCCGGCCACGGUGUCGCGGUGCGGGAUGGUGUACGUGCCCGCCGAGGACGUGGGGUGGCAGCCGUACGCCAAGACGUGGCUGGAGGGCCUGAACGCGCGGCUGUCGAACGAGGAGUACCGGGCCGAGAUGCCCGCGGACACGCUGCAGCUCAUCUGGGAGCAGCUGGAGAAGCACGUGCCCGCGGGACUGGCGUACCUGGCUGACUCAGGGCGGCCCGAGUUCGUCCCGAGCGUGGACGUGAACCUCGUGGUGAGCCUGACGAAGUGGAUCGAGGCGCUGCUGCAGCCCGAGAAGGGCCUGGACGUGAACAAGCCCCUCGGAGACAUCCGUUUGGCGUUGAAGAACAUCUUUGGGUUCUCGUUCGUGUGGGCGCUGGGCGGCAACCUGAAGACCGAGGCGUGGGACGCGUUCGACACCUUCGUGCGCGGGCAGCUCGAGGGCGACGUCGCGUGGCCCAACCGCGGGACGGUGUUCGACUACUUCGUCGUUGCGGAGAACGAUUGGCAAAUGAAGAACUGGAGCGAGUCGGUCUCGCCCUUCACCUACGACCCCGCGCUGCCGUACUUCGCGCUCAUCGUCCCGACGCUCGACACCACGCGCUACUCCUACCUCCUCACCACGACCCUCUCCAUCCAGCGCCCCACCCUCUUCACUGGCCUCUCCGGCGUGGGCAAGACAGCGGUGAUCGACUCGACGCUGCGCAACCUCUCGGACUCGUCCAACGUCGCGCCCGUCUUCAUCAACUUCUCCGCGCAGACCGCCUCGGCGCCCACGCAGGAGCUGUUCGAGUCGAAGCUCGAGAAGAUGGGCAAGCGCCUCAUCCCGGCGGCGGGGAAGAAGGUCGCCAUGUUCGUCGACGACAUCAACAUGCCGGCGCGCGAGAAGUACGGCGCGCAGCCGCCGAUCGAGCUCCUGCGGCUCUUCCUCGACCGCGGCGGGCUGUACGACCGCAAGAAGCUGUUCUGGAAGGAGGUCGACGACGUGACGCUGGUGGCGGCGUGCGCCCCCCCGGGCGGCGGGCGGCAGGACGUGACGCCGCGCUUCUUCCGGCACUUCACGAUGCUGAACAUGCCGCAGCCGAGCGAGGCCGUCAUGGAGAGCAUCUUCCGCGCGAUCUGCGGGGGGUUCCUCGGGCACUUCUUCAAACCCGAGUUCAACCGCCUGCUCGACCCCAUGGUCCGCUGCAGCGUGGAGGCCUUCCUGCGCAUCUCCCAGGAGCUCCUCCCCACGCCCACCAAGUCGCACUACACGUUCAACCUCCGCGACGUGUCGAAGGUGUUCCAGGGCGUGCUGCUCAUCCGGCCCGCGCAGUGCCCGACCCCGGACGUCAUGUCGCGGCUGUGGGCGCACGAGAACAUGCGCGUCUUCCACGACCGCCUCACGGACAACCAGGACAAGCUGUGGUUCAAGGAGCUCCUGUACGACUCCAUGCGCAGCAAAUUCGCCAUCGAUGCGACCUUCGAGGAUCUCUUCGACGACAAGCGCCCGAUCCUGUUCGGGGACUUCCUCCGCAUGGGCGUCGCGCCCGCGGACAAGGUGUACGAGGAGGUCAAGGACAUCACCAAGCUCGCGAAGCUCCUGGAUGACUAUCUGGACGAGUACAACAUGGUGUCUACGUCGCGCAUGCGGCUGGUGUUCUUCCUGGACGCGAUCCAGCACGUGACACGCAUCGCGCGCAUCCUGCGGCAGCCGCGCGGCAACGCGAUGCUCGUCGGCGUGGGCGGGUCCGGCAAGCAGUCGCUGACGCGCUUCGCGACGUUCAUGGCGGAGUACCAGUGCUUCCAGAUCGAGCUGACGCGCGGGUACGGGACGAACGAGUUCCGCGACGACAUCAAGAGCCUGUUCCAGGUGGCCGGCGUCGAGGGCCGCCCGAUCGUGUUCUUGUUCACCGACACGCAGAUCCUGGACGAGGGCUUCGUCGAGGACAUCAACUCGAUCCUCAACACGGGCGAGGUUCCCGGGCUGUACGCGCCGGACGAGAAGGACAAGGUCCUGAACGACCUGCGCGAGAUCUGCGACCAGCUCGGCCUCCCGGUCUCGCGCGACGCCAUCUGGGCCUUCUUCAUCAAGCGCGUCCGCGACAACCUCCACCUCGUGCUCUGCAUGUCGCCCGUCGGCGACGCGUUCCGCUCGCGCUGCCGGCAGUUCCCCUCGCUCAUCUCGUGCACCACCAUCGACUGGUUCUCGAAGUGGCCCGAGGAGGCGCUGAUCUCCGUCUCGACGCAGUUCCUGGAGAACCUGGACCUCGGCGGGCAGGAGAUCAACAAGGCGCUCGCGUCCAUCUGCGUGGAGAUCCACACGAGCGUGCAGGAGUCGUGCCAGAAGUUCUUUGAGGAGCUGCGCCGCCACUACUACACGACGCCCAAGUCGUACCUCGACCUGAUCAGCUCGUACACCGAGCUGCUGAGCGAGAAGCGCGGGUCGCUCGGGGAGGCGCGCGACCGGCUCGUCAACGGCCUCGAGAAGCUCACGCAGACGAACGAGGUGGUCGACAAGAUGCAGGCCGAGCUGAACGAGCUGCAGCCGGUGCUCAAGGAGAAGACGGCGGCGGCGCAGGAGCUCCUGCUGCAGGUCUCGCGCGAGCAGGCGGACGCGGAGAAGAUCAAGGCGGUCGUGAGCAAGGAGGAGCGGGAGGUGACGAAGGAGGCGCUGGAGACGCAGAAGCUCAAGGACGACGCGCAGCAGGAGCUGGACGACGUGCUGCCGGAGCUGGAAGCGGCGACGAAGGCGCUGAACUCGCUGAACAAGAGCGACAUCACGGAGAUCAAGAGUUUCGCGAAGCCGCCGCCGCUGGUGCAGUUGACCAUGGAGGGGGUGUGCAUCCUGCUGUCGGAGAAGACGGACUGGGACUCGGCGAAGAAGGUGCUGGGCGACGGCAACUUCAUGGCGCGGCUGGUGAACUUCGACAAGGAGAACAUCGCGGAGCCGCUGCUCAAGAAGCUCAAGCGCAUCACCACCGAGGGCGCCUUCACGCCCGAGAGCGUCGGCGCGGUCUCCAAGGCCGCCAAGUCGCUCUGCAUGUGGGUCAAGAGCAUGGAGAAGUACGCCAUGGUCGUGAAGGUCGUCGAGCCGAAGCGCCGGGACCUCGCGGCCGCUGAGGAGAAGCUCAACGCCAUGAUGCUCAAGCUUGGCGAGAAGCAGGCGCAGCUCCAGGAGGUCGUGGACAAGGUGAACGGGCUCCAGAAGCAGCUCGAGGACACGCAGUCGGAGCUCAAGUCGCUGCAGGAGCAGGCCGACAUCUCGCAGAGGCGGCUGACGCGCGCCGGGAAGCUCACGAGCGCGCUGGGCGACGAGGCCGUGCGCUGGACGGAGACGGCGGGCACGAUCGCGGAGCAGAUGGUGCAGCUCGUCGGCGACGUGUUCCUCGGGUCGGCGUGCGUGGCGUACGUGGGGGCCUUCACCGGGCCCUACCGCGAGGAGCUGAUCGCGCGGUGGUGGCAGCGCUGCAAGGACAUGAACGUGCCCGUCGCGGAGCACUUCUCCCUCUCGAGCGUGCUGUCCUCCCCCGUCGAGAUCCGCGACUGGAACAUCCAGGGCCUCCCGACGGACUCGGUCAGCGUCGACAACGGCAUCUUCGUGACGCGCGGGCGGCGCUGGCCGCUCAUGAUCGACCCGCAGGGGCAGGCGAACCGGUGGGUGCGGUCGAUGGAGAUGAAGAACGGCCUCCGGCCCCUCAAGCUCAACGACCACAACCUGCUGCGCGUGCUCGAGACGAGCAUCCGCAACGGGAACCCCGUGCUGCUCGAGGACAUCGCGGAGCACCUCGACCCGGCGCUGGAGCCGCUGCUGCAGAAGCAGGUGUUCCAGCAGGGCAACCGCACGCUCAUCCGGCUGGGCGACAGCGACGUGGAUUACAACCCCGCGUUCCGGUUCUACAUCACGACGAAGAUGCCCAACCCCCACUACCUCCCGGAGAUCUGCAUCAAGGUCACGCUGAUCAACUUCACGGUCACGCAGAAGGGCCUCGAGGACCAGCUGCUCGGCGACGUCGUGCGCAAGGAGCGCCCGGACCUGGAGGAGCAGAAGGACCGGCUGGUGGUGAGCAUCAGCAACGACAAGCGGCAGCUCAAGGACCUGGAGGACAAGAUCCUGAAGCUGCUGAAGGAGUCGCAGGGCAACAUCCUGGACGACGAGGUCCUGAUCAACACGCUGAACAACUCGAAGCUGACGUCGGGCGUCAUCCAGGGGCGCGUGCAGGAGGCCGAGGAGACGGAGAAGAUGAUCAACGCGUCGCGCGAGGAGUACCGCGUCGUCGCGCAGCGCGGGUCGAUCCUCUACUUCGUCGUCGCGGACCUCGCGCAGAUCGACCCGAUGUACCAGUACAGCCUGGCCUACUUCAGCCAGCUCUUCAACCAGUGCAUCGACAGCUCGGAGAAGUCCGACGACCUCCAGACGCGGCUCAACAGCCUCAUGACGUACACCACGCAGUUCAUGUACGCCACCGUCUGCCGCGGGCUCUUCGAGGCGCACAAGGGUAUCUACUCCUUCCUCAUCUGCACCUCGAUCCUGCGCCACGCGGGGCACAUCCGCCACGACGAGUGGAACUUCCUCCUCCGCGGCGGCAUCCUCGCCGACUCGAUCCCCGCGAAGCCCGAGGCGCUGUCGUGGGUCAAGCAGACGGAGUGGGAGGCCGCCGUGAUGCUCGAGCACGCCUGCGAGCGCUUCCACGGCCUCACGAAGGGCGUCGCGGCCGAGGCCGAGGCGUGGCGCGCCUGGAAGGAGCUCGAGUCCCCGCAGGAGCACGACUUCCCCACGUCGUGGCUCGCGGCCGGCGUCAAGGCCGACCACUUCAUGACGCUGCCCCUCCUGCGCGUGUUCCGCGAGGACCGCCUGACGUUCGGAAUGCAGCACUACGUCGGCCUCGAGCUCGGCAAGUCCUUCACGGAGUCCCCGCCGUUCUCGCUGUCGUCGGUGUUCCCCGACACGUCGAAGACCACGCCCAUCGUCUUCAUCCUCUCGACGGGCGCGGACCCGACGUCGAUGCUGCAGCGCUUCAGCGCGACGAAGGACCGCGUCGCGGGCGAGCGCCUGCACAUCAUCUCGCUCGGGCAGGGCCAGGGCGUGCACGCGGAGGCCGCGAUCGAGGCCGCGCGGAAGAACGGGGACUGGAUCUGCCUGCAGAACUGCCACCUCGCCAAGUCGUGGAUGACGAGCCUGGAGAAGCGCGUGGAGGAGCUGCAGGACCGCAACGCGUCCGUGCACCCGGACUUCCGCCUCUGGCUCACGUCGAUGCCCGCCGCGCACUUCCCGGUGCCGGUCCUGCAGACGUCGAUCAAGAUCACGAUCGAGCCGCCCAAGGGCCUGCGCGCCAACCUCCUGCGGUCGCUGAACGACCAGCCGGACGGCUUCCUGGACAGCUGCACCAAGGAGGCGCCGUGGCACAAGCUGGUCUUUGCGUGCAGCUUCUUCCACGCCGUGGUGCAGGAGCGCCGCAAGUUCGGGCCGCUCGGGUGGAACAUCCGGUACGAGUUCUCGCAGGGCGACCUCGACUGCUCGCUCGCGACGCUGCGCAUGUUCCUUGACGAGCAGGACGAGAUCCCGUGGAGCGCGCUGCUGUACGUCACGGGGCAGAUCAACUACGGGGGGCGCGUGACGGACGACAACGACCGCCGGCUGCUCAUGUGCAUCCUCGAGCGGUACUACAACCCCGAGGUGCUGCGCGACGGGUACCCCUUCAACCCUGACGGGGCGUACCACGUGCCGCCGCUGGGCACCAAGGAGGACUACGUGGCGUACGUCAAGUCGCUGCCCGUGAGCGAGGCGCCGGACGUGUACGGGAUGCAUGAGAACGCGAACAUCGCGUUCUACGUGCAGGACUCGAAGAAGGUCAUCGCGACGGUGCUGACCAUGCAGCCGCGCGUGGCGGCGGCGCAGGGCGAGAAGACCCCGGAGGAGACUAUUUUGGAGCUCGCGGGGCAGCUCGAGGCCGCGCUGCCGCCCGUGAUCGACGUGGCCGUGGUGCCGGAGAAGGGCAACCCGUUCGCGCCGCUCGAGUCGGGCCACGACAACUCCCUGGGGGUGUUUUUGCGCCAGGAGGUCGAGCAGUUCAACCGGCUGCUCGAGACGAUCCGCUCGACGCUCGCGGACCUGCAGAAGGCCAUCAAGGGCCUCGUGGUCAUGAGCGCGGAGCUCGAGGGCAUGUUCACGGCCAUGCUCAACAACCAAGUGCCCGAGCUGUGGGCGGCGGUGGCCUACCCGUCGCUCAAGCCGCUCGCGGCGUGGAUGCGCGACUUCCUGCAGCGCAUGGACUUCAUCGCCAAGUGGGUCCACGAGGGCGAGCCCGCCGUCUUCUGGCUCCCCGCCUUCUUCUUCCCGCAGGGCUUCAUGACCGCAGCGCUCCAGAACCACGCGCGCAAGACGCAGGUCGCGAUCGACCGGCUGAACUUCGGGUUCCGCGUGCUCGAGGAGCGCGAGUGGGAGCGGAUCGAGUCCCAGCCGGACAACGGCAUCUACAUCCGAGGACUCUUCUUGGACUGCGCGCGCUGGGACGACCAGGAGCGGUGCCUCGCGGAGGCGCUCCCGGGCGCGAUGCACAGCGAGCUGCCGCCGAUCCACUUCGAGCCCGUGAUCGACUACGACCCGUCGCCGGAGCUGUACUCGUGCCCACUGUACAAGACGUCGGUGCGCGCCGGCGUGCUCAACACCACCGGGCAGAGCACGAACUACGUCCUGAGCAUCGAUCUCAAGGCCGGAGACGGCAACAAGCCGUCGCACUGGACGCUCCAGGGCGUGGCCGCGCUCUGCGCUGUGCCGUGA